GGGAUCUCGAAAGCAGCAGCGUCUGUCCAGCAAAGUUAGCUUCUCUUAGCAUUAGCAUCAGCUGCAGAGAAGAAACACCGCAUCACCCACAAUUCAUCAGAAAAUGACCCAAAACUCCGCUGGACGCUAAAGGACCGAUACACCAGGCCACAAAAUGAGCCGAUUCAGUGCAGACAACAAUAACUUCCCGUACGAUAAUAACAUUCUGGUUUUGGACAUGGUUCUGGGGUCUCUAUGGGGUGUUCCUCAGCCGAUCAACUGGGACAAUGUGGCUAAACUGGUGCCUGGAUUCACACCAAAGGAGUGUUCGUUGAGGUUUGAGGAGCUGAAGUCGUCCGGAGUGUUCCCACAUUUGGAUAAUGAGUGUAACACCAUGACUGAAGGCACCAGUCCCUCUGCUAAUACAGGGAGCACAGAGGGAGGGGCUGAGGAGGAUGGCCGGGGACAGAGCAAAAACACAGUUGGUCAUAAAUCUUCAUUUUCUGGGAGGGUCUGCACUGUGGAGAAGAAGGAGAAACGUGUCACGAUUGAAGAGGAUGGGAAAUUGCAGAAACCGAAAGAUCCCAACAUGGUGAUCCAUGUGUGUGAUGAGACCAAGAGCCUGAAGCAGGACUUCACAUGCCCUCGCGAGCUCCUGGUGAAGGAGAUGAGAUAUUUCUCAGAGUAUCUGUCUGUGGAUGCUCAGCGCUGGGACGAGGUGGACAUCUCUGUCCACUGUGAUGUCCAGAUCUUUGACUGGCUAAUGAACUAUGUCAGAAGAAACUCCAGCGGAGACGGGGCAAAGGACAAGCCCAGGCUGGAGCCCAGUAAUGUGAUCUCCAUCCUUAUCUCCUCUGAGUUCCUGAAGAUGGACACUUUGGUGGAGGAGUGUAUCCAGUAUUGUCACAAACACAUGAGCGCCAUUGUGUCGACUCCCUGUAACAUGAACUGCAUCAACAGUAACCUGGCCUCACGCAUCUCCGAACAGUUCAACCACAAUGAGGCUGACGACAUCCGCGACAAGAAGGACAAGUUUAAAAGCAAACUGUUCCAGAAGAAAAUUGAGCAUCUGUUUGAUCCACUUUAUAAAAACAGAGACUCACCUGGAAAUGCCUCCACACUAUACAGGUGUGGUCUUUGCCAGAAGCUUCUGACCAGAGACACUGAGAGGAGGAUCUGUUGUGUCCCCGGGAAGAUCAACGUGGACCAAAGAGGAGACAUCAUCUAUACACAUAGCAGACAGAAGAGCUGGGAUGUGCAUGAUUUCCUGUCAGAUCAGUUUGAGGAGCUAAAGUCCUGGGUCCUGAUUUACUGGAGACUCUGGGGAACCAUCAACCACUUAACCUGCUCCAGGUGUCAACAGGUGUUUGUAUGCUCGGAGUUGACGCAGUGCCGGUACCACCCUGACAGCGUGCAGUACCCAGGAUCAGCUGAAAAGGGCGGGCAUGGAGCAGGAGUCUACCCCUGCUGUAACCAGAAGGUCCUGAGGUUCGACCCCACUGCUAUGCCCAAGGGCUGUAGGAUGAGGGACCAUAUUGUGAGUCUCCCUGACGACGCAGAUGAGGCUCAGACCAGAGUCCUGAACGACCUGCUACUGCACAGAGACGCAGUGUGUGUAUCUGCUCCUAACCACACGGACAGUCCAGAGGAAAGCACCUCCAGCUCAGAGAAGCUCCAAGACUGUGAGGUUCUACUGGAGCCCACUUUAGUAGGACCCAACCGAUCUGAUGGACCAACGUUUUCUCUUCUGAAAAACUGGAGCCUUCAGCUGAAGCAGCAGUGUCUCCUGUCUGAGGAUGAAGAGUGCACCACGGGGUCAGAGGUCACAGAGGACGAGGUCGGAGAUGAAGAGGAACUCAACAAGAAACAAGCUGCGAAAAAGGCCAAAAAGGUUCCUCGUCCUCUGAAGAAGCAGCUGUCAUCCCCGAACUUCAACCGUCGCGAGAAGAGCGACAAAGCUCAAAUGAAAGACAGCACUCCUUUCACAGUCAGUCUUCAGAAAAGUAAAUGGGACUCCAGCAGAUCUCUGAGGUACAACCAGGACACACAGAGGGAGGAGGAUCAGCGGAGAAUGGCUGAGAUCAUUGGACAUUUGACUAAAAUGAGGUUUGGAGAUCAGGAGCAGAGCCGAGCCAAAGACAGACAAGAGCCGUCAGGAGGGAUCUACUCCAGACUCGAGGCUCAGUUCAGAAACUCUCUUCAGCAAAGACAGGUCCAUGAGAAGACGCCCAGGUCUAAAAUGCGUUACGCUCAGAUCAAAUCCACAUAAACUUCCUGCUCCCGGGACCCUCUCCUCCUCCUCCAAGCUCAGGUUAUGACACGGGCUGCGUCCCAUUUUUGUUUAAGUGCCUCCUUGAUCCUUCGAAUACUUUCACACUGAGUUUCAUUAUGUUACACUGUAAAACUGAGAUGGGAUGAAAACAGCCUCAUGUUUUAGUGCACCACUGUUUUAAUAUAAUAUAUGACUUAUUGCAGAUGAAAAAAUCACACAUGCGCUCGCCACACGAGCUAUGCACUAUGGAAGAUUUGUUAAAUCAGAUUGUGAAUUUUUUAUUUUGAAUUUUCUCACUUUUUUAACCCUGAAAAGAAAUUCAGCUGCUAUAGUUAAUUUUCAAUAAACUGAAUUACACACUGAAUUUUAACAGUUGAAUUUGAAGAUUUGAAAAUGUGUUUUGAAUAUAUUUAAAGGUGAAUUUUUCAUUUUAAGAAAAACAUUGAAAAUACAUAUUCAAAAAUUCAGCGACUGUAACACAAUAUAAAACAAAAAUAUGGACUCUGUAGCUCCCGGAUUUCACGGAUCAAUGUGGAUCCUUAAUACUGAACAGUGCAGUUCUUGACUCAUUAUGUGAAAUCUUGUCAUUUUUUUUAGAACAUGGCUGUAAUUUGUUGAUAUGUCAUUCUGCUGAGCUAUGUGUGUUUGUAAAAAAUCUUCAAAAGCAAAUAAACACUUUUUGAACAAAAAAAGAAAAAAAAAUCUAAGUGAAAAAAAAAAAUAGCCAAAUUCUAAAUCUGAUGUUACAAAUGAUCUUCCAUAUAUGGCAUAUGUUUAUUUCACUAAUAUUGUACAGCUUUAAAGAAAAAUUAUAUGACCAAAUACCACAGUUAUUUAAAAACAACUGGUAACUGGUAGAUGACAUAUUUCCUUUUUAAUAAGAUUCAUGUUUUUGUGCCAUGUCUCUAAUCAAAUAAAUAAAUUCAGUCUGAAUAACACCAGGUGAAAGAAACUUUAGGAAUACUAAUUUUGAGUAACUGUAUUUUGGUAAAGAGGGGGUAUUUCUCUUCUAUGGGAUAUCAACUGCUAACACAUAACAUACUUAACUUUUAUUAUUUUGAAAAUGCUCUCCUCUUGUUCUCUGUCACUUCCCCUUCAGAGUGGGAGAAAAUUUACCGAAUAAUGUUAUAACAUGGUAGAAAGCUCCAAAAAGUCAGUUUUGCAUAAUACCACCUCUGUAAUGUGUUACCACUGAUGAAGUAAAUACAUUCAAGUACUUGUAUCAGAUUAGAGUUACUCAGAGUUAUUAUUCUGAUUAUGUAUUUUCGAUACAUGUAUUUGUGACUUUUGUGAUUCAUCACUGACAACUUGGGAAUCAAGUAGCCAUUGCCAACAGAAACUGGACGCAGCCACGGAUUGGGACUUUUGGUGGAAUAAUUUGCACUUUGGACGUUGUAUUUAAAACUGUAAAAACUGCAUGUAUAUUAUUGUACAGUAUUACAAAUAUUAGUUAGGUGGUAUUAAUAAUAAUAAUAACCACUGGACAAUAUCUGAAGAAGACUGAAGUUCAUUUUGAUGUUUAUCUUUGGAGUGGCUGGAUUUUAAACUUACCUUUUACGCCAAAUGCCCUUCCUUUCAGAUGCAAUUGUAUUAAUAUGGACCUUAGACUAGAAUGUAACUUAUUUAGAAGUACAGUAAAGGAUUUGG